UUGUGAAAAGCAGCAGCCAGCUGAGGGUCCCGGUACGAUGGAGGGGUCAGGCAGCUGCCGCCGCGGUGACAGAGAGCACGAAACCUCAAAUCCAGCCAGAAGCACGGAAGCCUAAAACAGGAAUCUUGAUGUUGAACAUGGGAGGUCCAGAACGGCUGGAUGAUGUGCAUGAUUUCUUACUUCGUCUCUUCCUGGACAGAGAUCUAAUGACGCUUCCAGCUCAAAAUAAAUUAGCACCGUUCAUUGCUAAGCGCCGCACACCGAAAAUCCAGGAGCAGUACAGCAGGAUUGGAGGUGGAUCACCGAUCAAGAAGUGGACGGCGGUGCAGGGAGAAGGCAUGGUGAAACUGCUGGACAGCAUGUCUCCUCGCACCGCGCCUCACAAGUACUACAUUGGCUUCCGGUACGUCCACCCUCUGACAGAAGAAGCGAUUGAGGAGAUGGAGAAAGAUGGCAUUGAACGGGCCAUCGCCUUCACGCAGUACCCGCAGUACAGUUGUUCCACCACAGGAAGCAGUUUAAAUGCCAUUUAUCGCUACUAUAACGAAAAAGGGGAGAAGCCAAAGAUGAAGUGGAGUAUAAUUGACCGAUGGCCCACACAUCCCCUUCUUAUUCAGUGCUUCACCGAUCACAUACAGAAGGAAUUGAACCUGUUUCCACCAGACAAAAGGAAAGAUGUGGUCAUCCUCUUCUCGGCUCACUCGCUGCCCAUGUCUGUGGUGAACCGUGGUGAUCCGUAUCCUCAGGAAGUGGGAGCUACUGUCCAGAGAGUCAUGGAGAAGCUGAACUACUCCAACCCUUACAGGCUUGUGUGGCAAUCCAAGGUAUGUGCUCAGGGAAGCU